CCAAAAUUGGCCAAAAACCCAACUGGCUCUGCAUCUCUCCUUCCAAAUUUACAUUUUCCUCGCAAACAAGAACUGACUGCAUACACUGAUCCUACAAAAUUCCAAUUUCGAUGCGCUAGCUAUUCAUUAAUUAAGGAAUGCCAAAAAUUGAAUGCCGGAAAUUCUUUCAACCGCCCACCGCCAAUCUCUAGCCUCUCAUUUGCCGUACGGGCAAAUUAUUCUUCUUGUUUCCCUAUAGAUAGAUAGACAGACAGACGUAGAGAACGAAGCAAGCAAAUUCUGAUCGAUCAGCAUCACAAUUCACAAGUCAAAGAAAAUAUGGACAAAAGAAUCUCGCUCAAGCUUGCUUUCCUCUUCUGCAUUCUUCUGUUGGCCACCACUUCCACAGCAGGUGGUGCGGCGGCACAGACCAGGGUUAAGGAGGAGAUCAUGAAGAACAACGAUAGUACUGCUACUGAGAGUGUGGUGCCAGAUUCUGACGACGACUAUUGCCUACGCGUUGUAUGCAAAGGCCUGAAUUGCGGCAAGGUUUACAGCGCCGACGGAAGGUGUUGGUGUGUUCUCAAGCAAGGCCCACUCGUCACAUUGCCUUGCACCAAUUAGCUAGCCUACCUACCUACCUACUUGAUCAUGGCUACAGCUUCGAAUGAAUAACCAGCACAGCACUUGUGUUGUGCCUCGUGCCAUGACAUCUAUGGAAAAGGACCGAAUAGGUCCGUAUAUGUCAGAUUAAGUUACAUGACUCAUGGAAAGGACAAAGGAGCGCCUUUUAUGUCAUGAAUAAAUCAUAUCGAAGGUUGUUAUGUUGUUUUAGUGUGUUUCAGGUAAUCUAGAAUGAAUUUUGAUGAUAUUUGGACGAAAGGGACACACUAAAGAUGGAAGUUAAUUAUGGAAUUCAGGAGGAUUUGGUGAGCAUUUUAAUGUGUUUGUAAGAUACUUUGAGUGCAAGACGACCUAGGAAACUAUCGUGUUGUUGGGCGUGCUCGGGAACAAAAUAACUCUAGAAAAUCCGAAGCAAAAAAGAAAGACAUAAGCUAUCGAGCCUAGCAUGGUCGUGUUGAAGCCCAGUUUUUUGUAUAUUUAAGUUGCAAUUAGGUUUUCUGAAGGAGACUUCUGCUGAUUAAACCUAAAAUACUAGUUAGAGGGCAUAUAAAGAAGGGUUUCCAAUAAUUGUACCCCUAAUUAGUCGAUUGAGAGCGUGAUCAAACAAGGAAUUUACCAUGAAUAUCAGCUUUUCUUCUUCUUCUUCUUUGUAUGUUUCAUCAUCCCACAUGAAUUAAUCAUUCUUUUUUAUUUGUAUUAGAUGAACCCUAACUAUAAUACUCUGAUUUGAUGGAAUAUUUAUGGAAUUUGAUGCUUAUUUUCCUUGAUUCAUCUUUGAUUUAUCAUUCGAUUGUUAAAUAGUUGCACACCUAUUGCAUGUUUGUUUGUUUCGUGUGUAUAACGAGUAGGGUAUCGCCUAAUGCUGAUAGAACCCUCAUAUAUAAAAGUGACUUAGGACUGACGUGAUACGGAGGACAAAUGACUUUUGGAUUAGACUAAACCUAAUAGGAGAAUUCACAAAGCGAAUAAAUCUUUAAUUCAUUAGUCCUAGGUCAAAGAGGAUGUCAAGUCUAGAGUUAAUUCAUUGAUAGGGUGUUAAUAUAUGAGGGAGUCUGAUUAUACUACUUUGGGAAUUCCUAAGGUCAUGCAAAGACGACAUCGAUUCCAUAUGUUAUUUGAUUGAUGAAUUACUGAUUAGCUAGGGGGAUUCGAAAUUUGACCAACUCCUUCUCUGCUAGAAUUUCUCUUAGUGUUCUACCUGUUGUCUUUGCUUAUUUUAGUGUCUUGUUAAUUAAUUUGCUAAAAAUUAAAAGACUAGGUAAAGGAUCAGUUAAAUAAUAGAAAACAUAGCCAAUUACUAGUAAUUCUUAGUCUCUAUGGGAUACCACCUUGCUUGUCACUAUAUUGUUUCUACAACAUGUACACUUGCCUUACUAGUGGUACUAAAAGGGGCCAUCAAAUUUUUGGCAUUGUUGUCAGGGAUAGUAAUAUUAGUGACGCCUUGAUUUUAUAACAUUAAACAUUUCAUUAUUGUUGUCUUUUAUAUCAUUUUAUUUUUGCUUUAUAUUGAUUGUUUUUCUUUUGAACUUCAUGAGUUGUCUUUGUUUUUGUUUCGGCAGAUUGAGUUGGUUUAUGCGAAGAGCCUGAUUCGAGCAAAUUUAUUCACAUUUAUACCCGUUUCUCUUUGUUGUUUGACUUGUAACAUCAUCCUUGAAGCAAUUUUAUGCUAGGAUUUCUCAUGUUUGAGUGUGUUUCUGGCUCUAGCAUGUGAAAUUGUCAAAAUGAUAAUAAAAAAUCAGACGAAAAGGAGCCCAAUGGGACCAAGUGGUGAAAAUUGUUAAGCUUCACGAUUCAGAGCCAAUCUUUAUGGUCUCCAUCAAAACCUUGAACAUCAUAGGAUCCCAGAACGAAUGGGACGUCUCGCAUACAUGUGCAUUAUUCACGGUCUCAUGCGUGAUGAUUUCAAACAGACGAUGAAGUGAGUUAGUAAAACAACGUGGUUUCAGUCGACAUCAUAGUUUUGUUGUGUAGUUCAUGGUCAUGAUUGGCGAUCGUGAACUCUGCACUACUAGGUAUAAAAGAGAGUAGAAAUCAUAUUUGAAGUGAUUUGGUUUGGAGAGAGAGGGAAAUUGGAGUUGUUCUUCUAUCCUAGAGAGAGAAAUUGAUGAGCAAGGAGAGCUUGGAGGAGAAAUGGAGCUACCCAUUACUCAAGGAAGCUUAAUUUUAUCUCCGAGAGCAUCCCAAGCAACCAAGGGGGGAGAUCUCCUCAGCAUGAUGAUCGUCUCUAUCUAUUUGUUUGUUUUUCUCACUCUAGCCAUGGAGUAGUCUUCAAAUAAACUUGGAUGAUAAAGAACCUUAGUUUAUUAUAUCGUAGUUGAUUGAUUGUAAACCCUAUACCAAGAUUUGAAUGUUGAUUAUAUGUUGAUUUGAGCAUUAUUCAUGGAAAUUGAAGGUUCUUGAUCACUUUCUCAAUUUAAAUCUAAUUAACCUAGGUGAGAGAAUAUCUCCUUAGGAUUAAUUUAGAGUAUUGCCAAUUCAAUACUUGGGACAAGUGUGAUUAGAUUCCUUGUGUCGUAUUGGUUCAUUACCCAUUUGCGGGAGUAUCUUUGGUUACCUCAAUUGCCUAGCACGCCCCCGAAUUGCCUGAAACGACGUGUUUUGACUCCGUCUUUAAGCUUCGAGAUCGAGACCUCCUUCAAAAGAUCGUGGCAGUGAUCUUGGCGUCCCGGGCGCUAUCUUUUUUGUGGUCAAAAUGCACCAUGUAUGUGAUUCGACUGGGGAAACUCUCUGCAUUCUUCUUGGUCGCCUGCUGAGGUUCGUGGCCACUGAUUGCGGCCAUGAUUUUCAGGCCGCGAUCAUCGUCAUGGCUUGUUCAAGGGCAGUGACGUGUGGCCAUGACCAGUGCCUUUUCUCCACUUCUUGCUCCUAUGUUUCUCAAUUGUUUUCAGAUGAACUCCAAUUGAUUCUCGAUCAAUCCCAAAUCAACAUAAGACCUGAAAUUUCAUCACAACCGCUUGGAAAAUCAUAAAAUACGACAAAGUGGGGUCGAUUCCCCUAUGAAAACCUUCAUAUCAAGAAUACCUAUGCCAGAACGAAAGUUUUGCAAAUGGGAACGAAAAUAGGCAUAGAUAACUUUAUAUGUGGCCUAGACACAGUGAUUAAACAUGAAAAUGCCUU